UCCCGACGACAUCUUGAGGAAUAAUUACAAUGGGAGUCUGCGCGAGCAAACCCAAGCAUUCACGUGAGGUUCCUCCUCCUACCGGCCCCGAGAUGGCUGAGCCAGAGGCCAAGCCCACUACUCAGGUGAAGACCGAGAAUGAAGUUCCAGCUGCGGCUGAGGCAGCCGUAGCUAAACCGAAGGAGGAGGAGACCGAAGAGCCAGCAAAGGAGGCGGCAGAUGAUAAUUCAAUAAAAGAAGAUAAAAAAAGGUAUGGCACCUCUCGUGCAAUUGAUGUAAACUUCCUAACCAUAACAUGCCAUAUGCAUUGGCAUCAUUUGUCUGAUUAAUUUAAUUUCUCUAGUUGCUAGGUUUCUCUGUAACAUUAAGUGCAAAAAUUGAACAUUCCAUUAUUUGUUAGUGAACUUGAUUUAUUGAUCUAUUUGUUUGUUUGUUUUAAUUAAUAUCUUGUUAGUUG